AAUGAAGAGACUCUCCAAUGUCAAAAGUCCAAGGAAGGGCAAAAAACCACCUGCGAAGAAGCCAAGAAAGGAUGGGAAUGAAAGCAUUGCAAAAAGUGACAGCAGUGGGGAAUCCAGUGCAUCAACUAUUAUUCUAGAUAGAUCACCAGUUAGAUCGAUGGGCACCCCAGUGCACCACCAGGAUGGCAGUGAUGAAGAAUCUGGUUCAGCUGACUUCUUUGACAGCCACAAAACCCAGGCAAGACACUACAAGACACUUCAAGACAUGUACAAGACCAAAAAACCGAACAAAGCUGCUGUUACCCAACUGCUGAACCUGGAGUUUGAGUCUAGAAGACAAUUCAUUAACUCUGAUGCUAUAAAGGAGCAAGACAGAGCAGUGAAGAUACUAGAGGCGUAUCCUUGUUUCAGAGAACUGGAUCAUGUCCUUGAUGAGCUGCGGAGAAUUAUUCAACCAUCCAACUUGAAAUACAUUUCUGAGAUGAAGGAUAGAUGGGAAAUCUUCUACUCGAAGGUGCAGUUUUAUGGUGUCAUGAAGAAAGUUAUGAAGCCGCCAAAAACUUUGGAUGGAGGUAAUGCUACAGUAUCUUGUGUCUACAUUUAUGCUUUGCAGAUUACAUUAUUUGCAAUGCUUAAUGGUGUUGCCCUGUCUUAUUUUUCUUUUUUCAAACCAGUGGAACAUGCAGCAGCUGUGUUCGGAGCCCUUCCCAUGCUUUUCCCUUCCAGCACAGUACCACCUAAGAAGCUGGGCAUCUGUAGUGAGGCUUUUUUCCAUGUCCUAAAGACUUCAGAAGACCCUGAAGGCUACCUGCGUCAGCGACCCCUGGCUUGUCCAGUUCUGCUUGUCUCUGAAGGCAACUGCAUGAUAGCUGUUGGAACCACAGCGGUGAGCACUUUUGACCGGAAGGAUCUUAAUGAGGGACUGCUCUAUCUGAUGGCAUAAUACUAUGCCCUCCACCUCACAUAUCCAAAGUGCAUUUCCACGCUGCUGUCUGUCUUGCAAACUGAAAUACUCAAAGACUCCAUCCAUGACCGAGAUUCAACCCCCUCUUACAGGAAGGCUCUUGGUGAGUGGAAGUCAUUCAUUGAGUGAGUCUCUCAGAUGACAGACUCCAUCUGCCUUGUUUAUCAGUCUCAGUGUUAGUCAGUGAGGUUGUUUUUCUUUUCUUUUUUUUCUCUAGAAAAGUUGUUCAAAUGUAAAACACAUGUUUGUUUGUGUGGUCGUUAAACUUGUUCUUCUAAAAUGUUAUGUAAUAUAGUAUUUGCAAUAGUGAUUGUUUUAAGCUUCAGCAAAAUUUAUUUUUGAUACCAGCCAUGUUAUACUGUUAUUAUUCAUGUUAAGAGCACUUGGCCAUGUUACACCCUGCUGAAAUGUAUAAUUUUAGACAUGAUUCUACUGACCCAAUAAAGCGCAAAAACUAAGAGUGCUUUUGCUGUCUUAAUUUAAGAUAAAUUCCCUUAUUUUUAGUAGGUUUUUGAAGAGAUGGUGUCUUAUUCUCAGGAAUUUUGGCUGAUUAUUGUUCUCAGACUCGAAACAUAAUUCUUAUAGUUAGCUCAAUCAAGAAAGAAACAAUUCAGAUUUAAGAAAAUUUGUCCUAUAGUAAGGUGUUUUUUUUUAUGUGAAAAAUCUAAAUUAAGGUGUAGAAUCUUAAAGUAAGCAAAUAAUUCUUGAAAACAGCUUGUUCAAGAAAUCAUAAUACUCAUUUUAGGUACAGAUUUUCUAAAUAUCAAAGUGUCUUUUACUUAUAAUAAGUCACAUUUUCUUGAAUUAAGCAUACAUUUUAGACAAUUUUGUCUAGUUAAAAGGCAUAUGGCAGUUAGGUUAAUUUGCUAGUUUUAAGAAUUCUAGUCAAGCAACUUUUGCUUACCCCAUUGGCAGAUUUUUUUGCUCAAAACAAGAAAAUUUUGUCAGAUUUAAGAAUAUUUGGCUUGUUUCAAGUAUAGCUGUUUUUGCA